AUGAAUUCUGUGGCGGUGAGACUUGCAAAGCAUCUCCGAGUCUCUGCUCUGACCUCAUCUUCCCUCGGUGGUGUGUCGAGAAGCGAAACGUUGUGGUACUCGACGUCUCCAUCUGGAGGUGAAGAUGAUCAGCCUUCACAUGAUAAUGGUGGACUAAAUAAUGAAGAAUUGGAAGAAGAGUUGGAUGAUUUUAUUGGUGGAAGGCCCGAGCUACGACUGCAAGGUGUGGAUCCCAAGAGGGGUUGGGAAUUUCGUGGUGUGCACAAGGCAAUUAUUUGUGGCAAAGUUGGCCAGGCCCCUGUACAAAAGAUGUUGAGGAGUGGUAGAAAUGUAACAAUCUUUACAGUUGGGACUGGGGGUAUGUUUGACCAGAGAAUUGUAGGACCAAAGGAUUUGCCAAAGCCUGCUCAAUGGCAUCGGAUUGCUGUGCAUAAUGAUAUACUGGGGGCCUACGCAGUGCAGCAACUCUUUAAAAACUCAUCAGUUUAUAUUGAGGGUGACAUUGAGACCAGAGUUUAUAAUGAUAGCAUCAAUGGUGAAGUUAAAAGCAUUCCAGAGAUAUGUGUUCGUCGUGAUGGGAGAAUUCGCCUCAUCAAGAGUGGAGAGAGCAUUGAGAAAACUUCCGUGGAUAAAAUGCGACUUAUUUUUGAGCAAAUGGAGAACAUUUAA